AUGGUGCCGGCGCCGUUUCGCGGGCUCAACAGCCGCUUGGCCAGCCGGUCGAUACGGAUCAUGAUUUCCCCUGCGCCUGCUACGUUCGCCGAGCGACAUUCGAUAUUACAAGUGCUGAAGAAAUACGGCGCUGUGGAUAUUUUCAAGAGAGAAAAUCUAGAAGCGCAUCGAUACAUUUCCGUCACGAGAACCGAAGACACAGCCCGGACGCUCACGCACCUGAGCCCAAUCGCAUGCCGCGUGUCAAUCCCUCGCGUCGAGCCGGCGCAACGCGCCCGGCAGCUGCAAAGCCUGGCCCCCCGCGAGUCGACAGCCCAGCCCCGGAUCGAAUUUCAGACGCAAGCGACCACCCCACGCGGCGGCGAGGAGGCUCCGGAAGCGCAGGAGGGCGAUGCCGCCGCCGCCGCCGCCUCUGGGGAGGGUGACGACUGCGAGACGCGCGAGUUCGUGCUUACCAUCGGCCUCGCGCGCGAUUACGACCACGGCCACGCGUCGACCAAGGCAACGGAGCACCUCGCGUGGCCCGAGGGCUACGACGCGGACCGGUCGCUCGCGGCGCUGACGCUGCGCGAGGCGCUGCCGGACACGCUGCUCAAGAAGGGGCUCUGCCACUGGCACGUCAAGCCCGCGUCGCCAGAUGCGCCGCGGGGCAGCAUGCGGCAGCGGCUGGAGCGCAAGCAGCAGCUGCCGGGGCAGAUGGCGGCGGCGGCCGAUGCGUGGCAGCCAUCGCCGGCGCUGCGGCGGAGAUGGUAA